AUGGCCACACCUAAUAUCGACGAAUCCUUUGAAUUAUACGAUCUCAAGGUCGAAGUCAUUUGUCCUCCGGGUCAACGUAUCCUCUGUGGUGCCAAAGAGGGCGACUACUUCACCAUGAAAGGCGAGAUGCUUCAUCUCCCGCCAAAUCAAGGCAUCAGUAUAUACAGCCUUUCUUCUGUCCUUCCUCUUCUUCCCGCCAAACAGCGCGUUACUCAUCGAAACGACUGGAUGACAACAGACGCCCUUGUUGCUUGUCCUGACCCAGGCUGCCCUUCCAAGUUACGCAUCACGAGAACAGGAAUUCGAAAAUUCAACCAUUCCGAUACGACAGUUGUACCCUUAGAAGGUAACUAG